AUGCUCUCCGGCGCUGUGCUCACCUUGCUGGCCGCGUCGGCCGCGAAGAAGGCCGCGGGCGGUGGCGGGUGCGAGGUCACCUCGACGUGGCCGGAUGGGCGCGUGGAGCAGCGUCAGCUCCGGCGAUACCUGAAGCAGGACGAGGGGUGGAAGGAGUGGGAGGGCCUGGAGAUGCAGUGGAUCAGGCACCACAACCCCGACCUGGUCGUCCUCGACGACAACGGGCGCGAAAAGGCGAGGGUCGACCUGAACGGCUACGAUGGGCCGCGGGUGGAGGCGCUGCUCGAGAAGCACGGCUUCAAGCGCAAGUAA